GCCCUGAGCUCGCUGGUCCCAGAAGGCGCCGGGUCUCCCAAGAUGGCGGCCGACGUGUCCGUUACUCACCGGCCGCCGCUCAGCCCGGAGGCGGAGGCCGAAGCGGAAACUCCCGAGGCCGCCGAUCGCCGGGCGCCUGAGCAAGAGCUGCCGCCGCUCGAUCCGGAAGAGAUCCGGAAACGCCUGGAACAUACUGAGCGCCAGUUCCGUAACCGCCGCAAGAUACUGAUCCGAGGCCUCCCGGGGGACGUGACCAACCAGGAAGUACAUGAUCUCCUGAGCGACUACGAACUCAAGUACUGUUUCGUGGACAAAUACAAAGGGACAGCUUUUGUGACCCUGCUGAAUGGGGAGCAGGCCGAAGCUGCCAUCAACGCCUUCCACCAGAGCCACCUUCGAGAGCGGGAGCUGUCCGUUCAGCUGCAGCCUACCGAUGCUCUGUUGUGUGUGGCCAACCUGCCACCCAGCCUGACACAGGCACAGUUUGAGGAGCUGGUGCGGCCGUUUGGCAGCCUGGAGCGCUGCUUCCUAGUGUACAGUGAGCGAACAGGCCACUCUAAGGGCUACGGCUUUGCAGAGUACAUGAAGAAGGACUCGGCUGCCAGGGCCAAGUCUGAUUUGCUGGGCAAGCCAAUGGGCCCACGCACACUGUACGUGCACUGGACAGAUGCCGGGCAGCUGACCCCUGCCUUGUUGCACUCCCGGUGUCUCUGUGUGGACCACCUGCCACCCGGCUUCAGCGACGUGGAUGCCUUGCGCCGGGCACUGUCAGCCGUCUAUACCCCCACCUUCUGUCAGCUGGCAUGUGGCCAGGAUGGGCAGUUGAAGGGCUUUGCGGUGCUGGAGUACGAGACAGCAGAGAUGGCAGAGGCUGCGCAGCAGCGGGCAGAUGGCCUGGCCCUGGGUGGCAGUCACCUCCGUGUGUCCUUCUGUGCUCCAGGUCCCCCUGGCCGGAGCAUGCUGGCUGCACUCAUUGCUGCCCAGGCCACGGCUCUCAACAGAGGCAAGGGACUCCUGCCUGAGCCAAACAUCCUGCAGCUAUUGAACAACCUGGGCCCAUCUGCCUCCCUCCAGCUGCUCCUCAACCCUUUGCUGCAUGGAGGUGCCAGUGGCAAGCAGGGCCUCCUGGGUGCGCCUCCUGCCAUGCCGCUGCUCAGUGGGCCUGCCCUGUCCACUGCACUGCUGCAGUUAGCCCUGCAAAGCCAGAGCCAAAAGAAGCCUGGGAUCCUGGGAGAUUCACCUCUGGGUAGCCUCCAGGCCGGUGCCCAGUCUGCCAACUCCCUCCUUGGGGAGCUGUCUGCAGGGGGGGGCCUGGCCCCGGAACUGCCGCCCCGCCGAGGGAAGCCACAACCCUUAUUACCACCACUGCUGGGCCCUUCUGGGGGUGACCGGGAGCCCAUGGGUCUGGGUCCCCCAGCAUCCCAGCUCACUCCACCCCCAGCCCCUAUGGGGCUCCGAGGCUCCAGUCUUAGAGGCCUCCCGAAGGACAGUGGGCCCCUGCCAACGCCCCCUGGGGUCUCACUGUUGGGGGAGCCCCCAAAGGACUACCGCAUCCCCCUGAACCCCUACCUGAAUCUGCACAGCCUGCUUCCAUCCAGCAACCUGGCAGGCAAGGAGACCCGGGGCUGGGGAGGCUCUGGGAGAGGCCGCCGCCCGGCUGAGCCCCCUCUGCCCAGUCCCGCAGUCCCUGGGGGGAGCAGUGGGAGCAACAGUGGCAGCAAAGCCUUCCAGAUGAAGUCCCGCUUGCUCAGCCCCAUUGCCAGCAACCGCCUGCCCGCUGAGCCAGGGCUGCCUGACAGCUAUGGCUUUGACUACCCCUCGGAUGUGGGACCUCGACGGCUCUUCUCCCACCCUCGGGAGCCAGCUCUAGGGCCUCAUGGACCCAGCCGACACAAGAUGUCCCCCCCACCUAGCAACUUCAGUGAGCCUCGGAGUGCUGGAGGCAGUGGGGGACCCCUCUCUCAUUUUUAUUCCGGUUCACCCACCUCCUACUUCACCAGCGGCCUACAGGCUGGCCUCAAGCAGAGCCACCUCAACAAGGCUGUCGGUUCCUCCCCGAUGGGCUCCAGUGAAGGGCUCCUGGGCCUUGGCCCUGGGCCCAAUGGUCACAGCCACCUGCUAAAGACCCCACUGGGCGGCCAGAAACGCAGUUUUUCCCACCUGCUGCCCUCGCCUGAGCCCAGCCCAGAGGGCAGCUACGUGGGCCAGCACUCCCAGGGCCUCGGCGGCCACUACGCGGACUCCUACCUGAAGCGGAAGAGGAUUUUCUAAGGGAGAAAUCUCUGAAAAAGACUUUGCUGACCAACCAGCCGGAGCUCAAGGAAUGUGGGGAUGUCUGGGGCCACACCAUUACCUGCAGGCCUGCUCCUGGAGCCAAAAUCCUGCAGCCUUAAGAGAGAGGGGCCCGGCCUGCUCUCUUUCCCUCCCCAACUCCUGGCCUCCUGUGCCCAGUUCUCCAGGCCUCCUCGCCUGCCUCGUCACUCCUGUGUUCUGGCCUUUCGAGUGCCUUUGGAGGUGUCCCUGACCUGUGAGGAUCAGGGACAGUCCCCUUUUUUAAACUUAGACAAUUGACUUUGAUUUCCUUUUCUAAUUUUUAUUUUGUAAAACAACCAGGAUGAUGACCACAUUGACCCCACCCACCCCCACCUCAGAAAAGCCCCAACUUUGAUUCCUUCAGGGUCUGGCCUACCUGGGCCUCCGAGAUUCCACACUUGGUUUCCAACAGCUUAACCCUACUCUCUUUCCCAGUCAUCUGCUGCAGGUGUAGCUGUCUCAUGCCCCUGCCUGCCUACUCUGGCCAGUACCCCAGUAUCUCCAGAGCCCCUGCCAUAGUCUUCUUGCCUUCUGAUGCCUUAAAGUUGGGUCACAGGUCCCACUAGGUCAGAGCUGCUCAGAUGCCGAGCUCCGGAAGCUCGACUCAGGACCAAAGAGCUCUGACCUAGGGAUCGUCCUUUCUCCAGGGUGUCUGCCCUGUGGACAGAAGGCCAAAGCCUUGGUCUUGGCAAACCACCCCUUAGUCCAAAGCCUGGGUACAGAAACCAGUGUUUUCUGCUGGCUUCAGCAGCCCCUGUUGCUGUCCGUGAAAGUUGACCAUUGUACCCAGGUCACUGGGCCUCUACCAUGUCCCUCCAAACCCAAAUCACCACCACCAUCCCCAGGCCGGAUCGCUGGAGCUGGCCUCCUCUCUGCCCACACAGACAAGCUCUACAGCCUGCCCGGGUGAGGGGACCCAGGGACUCUUGCCCCUGGCCAGCUGAGCCACUAGCCUCCCACCCCAAACCUGAUGGCCCAAACCCACUCCAGGGGGGUAUUCCCUCCCCCUUCCUCCCACACAGACCUUUGCUGAAUUAAAGUUUGUAAGUAAACGGUUUUAA